AUGAGUGUCCAUGAGUUGGAGACAGCACUGGAAGCGGCUGGUGCGAAGUGCACGGUGUCAGAGGCUUGGGUCAAAGAGACCUUCCAGGCUCUUUCCGUGGCAGUGCAGGACGCUGGACUGAGCAUCAAACAGCUCUGGCCAGGCAGCGCCAUCAUGGAGAAGGAGUUUCGGGACGUGGUCCUACGCUUCUUGACCCAGCUCCGACCGGCGCAGCUGGACCGCUUGUGGAAGUUCUUGCUGAGCGCCUGCGCCGAAGACGCAGGGCCCAGUAGGCUGAACAGUGAAAAGGAUCGCUUACCCUCUGACGCGGUGUUCUCCGCGAUCUUUGGGCAAACCUUGACCAGCAGCCCGAAUGAGACCACAGGUAGUGGUUCAUCCGGAGGUGUGGGACGUGAGGUGAUCGAACAGUUGGUCCAACAGUUGGUUCGUUUGGCCGGGGAUACCUCGCCGGACCUUUGCUUCGAUGCCCUGAACCCCUUCAUCACUGCGGACCACUUCAAUCACCUGCUGAGCUCAAGGCUCGGAUUGCACUUCGACCCGGUGAAAGCCAAGCAAAUCUUCAAGCUGAUCGACUCGGACCGCGAUGGGAAGAUCACACGAUUGGAGCGAGGCACUUAG